AUGACCGCAAUAAACUCGGGGGAAUCCAAGGAGCCAGCCAACAUCCAGACAUCGUUGAGAGAACACCAGGCGAAUGGGGACACCCAACGUUUAGAAGAGAGGAAUGAGAGAGAAUUGCUUGAGCACCCCGAUGAAGUUACCCCGGAAGCACAGAUUGGAGUCCAAAAAGCCGAAGCUGCGGCUUUGGUAUGGACCAAAACCGCCUUGUAUGCGACAUAUGCCUGGAUCUGGUUGUGCUUCUUCGUUCUGUCGAUGCAAUCAUCGAUCAGCAGCAACGUGAUCUACUACGCAUAUGCAAAUUUCGCUUCAGCUCCUCAGAUUUCCCAGGCAUUUAUUGUCUCAACAAUCGUUGGUGGAGUUCUUCAACUGCCCAUCGCCAAGAUCCUCAAUUUAUGGGGCCGCGCCGAAGGAUUCCUGGCUUUCUUGCUGGUAUUUAUCGUAGGACUUGUCGUGAUAGCCUCAUGCCAUGGUCCUAAAGGGUUUGCAGCUGGUUACACUUUAUACUGGAUCGGCUACACUGCCCUGAAUUUCAUUCUGUCAGUCUUUGUUGCUGAUGCCUCUGGCCUGCGUAACCGAGCUUUUGUCUACGCAUUUAUCGGUACACCCACGAUCUGCACUGCCUUCGUGGGCCCUCUCAUUGCUCAGGAAUUCGUGGCCCACUCUACUUGGCGCUGGGCUUACGGCUGUUUUGCUAUCAUCGCCUUGUCACUCUUUGUGCCACUUGCUGUCGUGUUCAAGUUCUACCAACGCAAGGCCGAGCAGUUGAAUCUUUUUGUUCGGGUCCCGAGUGGUCGCACGAUAGGGCAGUCGGUUGUUCAUUACUUCCACGAGUUUGACGUUGUUGGCGCUUUCAUCCUCAUGGCAGCCUUCAUCCUCUUUCUUCUUCCCUUCAGCCUCGAAACGUAUGGCUUUAGCGGAUACUCCUCGGCGACCUUUAUCGCCAUGGUUGUCAUUGGACUCCUGCUAUUCCCAGUCUUUGCUGUGUGGGAGCGGUUCUUUGCUAGGACUCCCUUCAUCAAAUGGGAGUUGUUCAAAAAUCGCACCGUUCUUGGCGCUUGCGUCUUGUCAGCUGUGAUUUUCUUCAACUACAACACGUGGGAUCAGUACUUUUACUAUUACGUGCAAGUUGUCUACAACCUGAACACCUCCAAUACGGGAUACAUGACACAGAUCUAUGGCGUUGGAUCGACGAUCUGGGCAGUGUUGUUCGGCAUCUGGAUUCGCAAGACCAAACAUUUCAAGAACGUUUGUCUUUAUUUCGGCGCCCCAUUAAUGCUACUUGGCGCGGGUCUUAUGAUUCACUUCCGAGGCUCCCAAAGUCACAUCGGAUACCUGGUUAUGUCUCAGAUCUUCAUUGCGUUUGGCGGUGGCACUCUUGUCAUUGGUGAUGAGAUGGCCGUCAUGGCUGCGGCUGAUCGGGACGGUGUCCCAUUGAUGAUUGCGAUGAUCAGUUUGUCCUCGAGCUUCGGUGGAGCGAUAGGCUACGCCGUUGCAGGCGCCAUUUAUUCCAAUACAUUCCCCCAGGCCCUGCUCCGUGCCCUUCCCGAGUCAGCCAAAGCUGACUAUGCAAAGAUCUACGCCGGUGGCUCGGCAGCUCAGCUUCUGUAUCCCCUGGGCAGUGAGACAAGGAACGCGAUCAACUACGCGUGGGCACACAGCCAGAAGUUCGAGUGCAUCACGGCGGCUGUUCUUCUCGUUCUCGCUUUUCCGGCAAUCGCUAUGUGGAAGAAUUACAAUGUCGACAAAAAUCAAGUGAAAGGAACCGUGAUCUAA